UCCCGGCGCCCGCGGCACUGCCCGAGCCCCCCCCCCCCCCCCCCCCCGGCCACCCCGCGGGGAACGCGGCGCCUGUCGGAGAGCGGCGCCGGGCUGCGGCGGAGGGACGGCGCGGGGCUGCGGGCCGCCGCGUCGCUGCCGCACAUCGCGCGGGGCCGUGCGGAGGAGGGCGGCGGGCGCCGGAGCCCCUGCCUGCUCGUGGCCCUGCGGCCGCAAAACGUGGAGGCGGAGCGGGAGCGGUUCUUCCGCGCCAGCUUCGCCUACGACCCGCAGUUCGAGUACGCGGAGCCGGUGCCCGCCGCCGUGCUGGACAAGUACGGCGCCGCCUCGGAUCGCUUCGUGGCUCAGGCCCUCAGGAUCAUCCGUGCUGUGCUGGAGAAAUACGGGACGUACGAGAGCUUUGAGGUGGCCACGGGCGGGCGGCUGCUGAGCAAGUGCCAGAUCUGGUCCAUCAUCAGGAAGUACAUGCAGAAGGAAGGCUGUGUGGGAGAGGUGGUGGUGCAGCUGACAGAUGACCUGCUGUCCCAAGCAGUGAUGAUGGUGGAGGACAGCCGCCCGACAUUGGCCAUCAACCUGGCUGGGGCCAGGCAGCACUGGCUGGAGGGGAUGCUGCGCCACGAGAUCGGCACCCACUACAUCCGUGGGGUGAACAACACCCGGCAGCCCUGGCACAGCUCCGAGGGCCGUAAGCUGUACAGCCUGAAACCUGCCAACCCCACAGAGGAGGGGCUGGCCAGCCUGCACAGCGUCCUGUUCCGCAAGCAGCCCUUCCUGUGGCGGGCAGCCCUGCUCUACUACACCAUCGAGCGAGCCAGCCGCCUCUCCUUCUCAGCCCUCUUCCAGGACCUGGAGCAGUACGUGCAGGAUGCUGGUGUGCGGUGGGAGUACUGUGUGAGGGCCAAGAGAGGCCAGACUGACACCUCACAGCCAGGCUGCUUCAGUAAGGACCAGGUGUACUUGGAUGGGAUCCUGCGCAUCCUGCGCCACCGGCAAACCAUCGACUUCCCGCUGCUGGCUGCACUGGGGAAGGUGUCCUAUGAAGAUGUGAACAGGCUGAAGCAGUUUGGGGUGCUGGAGAAGACCCGUAUCCCCCACUUCAUGCACGACCUGCAGCGCUACAUGAAGCAGCUGGACCACAUCCUCACCACCAAUGGCCUCAACGAGGAGGAGCUGGAGCAGCUACUGCCUGACUGA